AAGCAGCAACAGUGAGGCAGCGCGCGGGCACACGAGCGGAGCCUGAACAGCUCGCUCCUCCUCGCGGCUCUUUCCCAUUCGCUCGGCAGCAUGACGACGGCGACGACGCCGCCGCGGGCCGGCUUCCGGGCGCGCUGCUCGCGCCUCUUCGACAACAUCACGGUCGAGCCGAUGGUCGCGUUCUACAUAAUGCCCAGCGUGCUGGCGUCGCUGGCCACGCAGAACCUCAACCUGGAGAAGGCCUGCAAGGUGAACCUGCAGUACGGCGAGUCGGUGUGCGCGUCGCUGGCCGCGCGCAACACCACGCACCUGGCGCUCGAGGAGACGGCGGUGCAGCAGCUGGUCGCCUCGAUGCAGACCUGGAAGACGGCCCUGCAGUCGUUCUUCCCCUCGCUGCUGAUCGUCUUCAUGGGCGCCUGGAGCGACCGCACCGGGCUGCGCAAGCCCUGCAUGAUGCUGCCGAUCGUCGGCGAGUUCCUCACCAGCCUGUCGCUCAUCGCCUGCACCUACUGGUUCUACGAGCUGCCCAUGGAGGCCGCCGGCGUGUUCGAGGCGCUCUGGCCGGCCCUCACGGGCGGCUGGUUCACCAUGAUCAUGGGCACCUUCAGCUACAUGGGCGACAUCACCAGCGUGGAGUCGCGCACCGUACGCGUCGGCGUGGUCAACUCCUUCCUCAGCCUCGGCGUGCCCGUGGGCAUGGCGCUCUCCGGCGUGCUCUACGUCAAGAUCGGCUUCUACGGGGUCUUCGGCAUCGCCGCCGGCUGCUACCUGUUCAGCUUCAUGUACGGCCUGCUCGUCAUCAGGGAGGCGCCGCGCGCCAUCGAGCUGCGCAAGAACGCCAAGCUCGCCUCGGAGCUCAAGGGCCUCGGCUGGUGGUCCGAGCUCACCGACUUCUUCGCCCUCAGGCACGUGCGGGAGACCUUCCGGGUAGCCUUCAAGCAGGGCGCCAGAAAUCGCAGGCAGCGCGUCAUGGUACUCAUGCUCAUCGUCAUGGUGCUCAUCGGACCCAUGUACGGCGAAAUGUCGGUGAUGUAUUUGUUCUCGAGAUAUCGCUUCAAUUGGAACGAGGUGCAAUUCAGCUUCUUCUCCACGUACGGCAUGGUAAUUAAUUUAGUAGGUACUUUGUUCGCCGUGGGAGUAUUUAGCCAUUUCUUCAAAAUGGACGAUGCCCUGCUCGGCGCCCUCAGCUGCCUUAGCAAAAUACUCGCUAGUAUCGUUUACGCCUUCGCCACGACCGACUGGAUGAUCUACCUGGCGCCACUGGUGGAGAUAAUAAACGGGACGUCGUUCAUCGUGAUGCGCUCGAUAACCUCGAAGCUCGUUCCACCCGACGAGUUGGGCAAAGUCAAUUCGCUGUUUGGUGUGUGCGAGGCUAUCGUUCCUCUGGUCUACGGACCCAUGUACAGUUCCAUUUACGCAGCCACAGUCAACAAUUUCCCCGGCACGUUCUUCCUCGUCGGCGGUGGGCUGAUGAUUCCCGGCGUUGUCGCCUUCUUGUGGCUGUACAUGGAGCACCGAAGAGACGACGCAUUGGAUCGCGAGAAGCAGCAGCAGCAGCAGCAACAGCAGCAGCAGAUCGACGCCACGAAACCGACGAGCAAGGCGGAGCCGGACAAUAGUAAAGUCGAAAACGGCCUCAGCCUCGACAAGGUCUCGGUGAAGACGAUAGCCGUGGAGGCAGGGAUCGACAACGCGGCUUUCGAAUCGGAGAAACUGUGAUCACUACGACUAUAAUACUAUUUGCGCGAAAGCUAUGAAUGUCGUGUGUCGCGCGACAAAUGCCAAAAAAAAUAUUUACGAGGUCGUUCGGUAACGGGCCGGACGAGCUUGCGAGCAAUCCGAGAUUCUGAAUGAUGUUCACGGCCUGCGUGUGGGCUUGUCGUUAGCUUGCGAAAAAAUUGCGCUUGGAAAAUAGAAAAGACACCUCUGCCACGCAGAUCGUAAGUACGGCAUGUUUAUUGGGGAUUUGGUCGUGCGCAAGAUUCUUUUCAAGUCACACGACCAAGUAUGCUUGUAUUCUCAUGUCGAAGACUUUCACGAGUACGCAGAUUUCGUAAACAGUUGAUUCCCAGUUUUAUCUCGAAAGCUAUGUCGAAUGUUUGUAGUAUAUUUUGCCGAUCGUUCUCUAUCUCCGUAAGCAAAUGUUUGGUGCGAGUUAUCAGCAGACUCGCAUUGUCCAAAUUUCUUUUAAUCGUACUACUCAUACUUCACACAUGAAGCUAUGCCUUUUCAGAUGACCAGAAGUUCUUUUAUAUAAUCGUUGAAACGGCGUGCCUUGUAACAUUACUCGUUUGCCAAUAUAUCGAUAGCAGUAAGAUGCGAUUAUCUUUUACAAGUGCAAUAUUAAAGUUAAUGUUACGUGAUAUAGUAUUAUUGUGUAAAUAACUCGACAAUCUGUAUAUGUAUAUACAAGACUGUCCGUCGAACGACAAUUAUAAAUGUAUAACACAGAAGCAGUAUUUUAAAGAGGACACGCAGCAGGUGAUGUCCUUUUUGAGAGAAAGUAAAUUAUUAAAGAUGAUAACGAAUAUUUAGCAAAUACGCGCACAUCUGAAUACUAACGGUACAUGACAUAUGACAUAUAUUUUUAGAUGCGUUUUUAAGCGAAUACGAGUAACGAAUACCAGUAACAGUUUCGAACAAAUUUUUCGAAUCGUUUUUAAUACCUAAUUCAACGAAAACAAAGAGAAGUUGAUUACUCUGUCUCAAUAAAUUUUCUGAUACUGUGUAUUUUAACAUUCAUUUCGGUUUGCGAUUGUUUGUUACUACAAUAAACGAUGGCAUCACAUUUUAGAAACAAAAACAACUAUGAAAUUACUAGUACGUAGAUUUUAUUGUAAAUAAAGCAUUGUACUUAAAUGGAUUGUAGUAGUGUCUUAGAGGGGAAUAAUCGUUAAUAAUAAUUAUCAAGUAUUUUGCAAUAUUUGAUUCAGUAAAAUUGUACGACGCAGCUGAAGCGUUUGAAUUCUAUUGUAAACUAGAAAAAGAGCGUGAAAAUAAUUGGAACGACGAUAAGCGUAAUUGUUUAAUUUAUUGUUUUGAAAUUUAAUAAAAAAAGAAGUUUAUUUUGU